UUUUAAGCAUGAACACACAUUGUGCUCUUCGUAUAUAAAGGCACAGCCCCUCUAAAAUUAGCGCCACAAACUAAUACGCUUCCCUAAAAGAAGAAGAAAAGAAAAAAGAAAGAUGAAGCCUCAUUCCUUCCUCUUGCUCUUCAUCUUCCUCAUCACCAUAUUCAUAACCAACAAUCUUCUGGUGACAUCUCAAUCACCUUCUCCGCCAGCCGAAACACCGCUAAACAAGCGGAACAAUGACACCAUUUACAAGGUCUCCAAGCAGCUAUGCUGGGGUUGCAUUGGGGAGGCACUCCAGUUCCUGUACGCGCACAACCUAGUGAGGGCAUCUAAGUGGGAGCUGCCACUGACAUGGGACUCCCAGCUAGAGAGGUACGCCAGGUGGUGGGCUGGAACAAGAAAACAGGACUGCCAGUUGGAACACUCGUUUCCAGAAGGUGAUUUCAAGCUGGGGGAGAACAUAUACUGGGGAAGUGGCACAGCCUGGACGCCAAGGGAUGCUGUCAGUGCAUGGGCGAGUGAGGAGAAGUACUAUACCUACGCAACAAACUCAUGUGAAGAGGGACAAAUGUGUGGCCACUAUACACAGAUUGUGUGGAAGACGACAAGGAGAAUUGGGUGUGCUCGUGUUGUUUGUGAUGAUGGAGAUGUGUUUAUGACAUGUAAUUAUGAUCCUCCUGGUAAUUAUAUUGGGGAAAAGCCUUACUAACACUAUAAUUAAGCAUGGUUUUUGAUCAGAUGACAUGGGUGUCACUUAAGUUACUUGUGUAGGAUGGUAUAAUUUUUAAAAGAUAGCUAGACAUAAUUAUAUGUUGGGAAUGGAUUGUCACAAAUGUUUGGUGUGAAUUACUUGAAUAAAGUCAGAUAAUGUCAUAUAUGAUGGGUAGCCAAAAAGACAAGAAUUUAUAGCAUAUGUUGUGUUUGUUUAUGGUA